GAUAUUUGUAUUUAUUGACAUUGACAGUGGAAAUGUAUUUCAAUAUAUUUUUGAUAAAAGAUUUUCAAUUUUGAAUAUAAUUUCCCUUUUUAUAAAGAUAAUUUAGAACCAAUAAUAUGAAAGGAUUGUGGGGAAUAAAAGUUGGUGUUUUUUAAUUUUUCUUCAUAGUAGGUUAAUUAAGUUCGCGUCUAACGCGAUGAAAAGAAGUAAUUCCUUGUUAAAUAGAAUAUUUAAGGUUUUAUGAGUAAAAUGAAUAAAAAUUGGAAAUUUAAUUGAAAUUAUUUCGGUAAAACAAUUUAUAAAAAUAUAAAUCAACUAUAAAUUCAGUGUACACAUAUGUAAGUGAGGGCGCGAUCAGUAUUUUCCUACGAUACGAGUCCAAAAUGUCAGACAUCGAUAAAUGGAUGGAACUUGCAAAAGAAUGCAAAUAUCUUCCCGAAAAUGAUCUUAAGAAACUUUGUGACUUGGUAUGUGACAUAUUAUUAGAAGAAUCUAAUAUUCAACCAGUAUCUACACCGGUAACAGUCUGUGGAGAUAUUCAUGGUCAGUUUUACGAUUUAGAAGAAUUAUUCCGUAAUGGAGGCGCUGUGCCUGAGACAAAUUAUAUAUUUAUGGGAGAUUUUGUAGAUAGAGGGUAUUAUAGUGUAGAAACAUUUACCCGCCUACUCACACUUAAAGCUAAAUGGUCUGAUAGAAUAACAUUACUUCGUGGAAAUCAUGAAUCCAGACAAAUUACUCAUGUUUAUGGUUUUUAUGAUGAGUGUCAAAACAAAUAUGGCAAUGCUAAUGCAUGGAAAUACUGUUGUAAGGUGUUCGACUUACUCGCAGUUGCUGCCUUAAUUGAUGAUCAAGUACUUUGUGUGCAUGGUGGAUUAUCUCCAGCCAUUAGAACGUUAGAUCAAAUUAGGACAAUUGAAAGAAAUCGAGAAAUUCCACAUAAAGGUGCUUUUUGUGAUUUAGUUUGGUCCGAUCCAGAAGAUGUAGAAUCAUGGACUAUUAGUCCGCGUGGAGCAGGUUGGUUAUUUGGAAGUAAAGUAACAUAUGAAUUUAUGGAAAUCAACGAUCUUAAACUUAUUUGUAGAGCUCAUCAAUUGGUUCAUGAAGGUUAUAGAUAUAUGUUUAAUGAUAAACUUGUAACAGUAUGGUCAGCUCCAAAUUAUUGUUAUCGCUGUGGUAAUGUAGCUAGUAUUUUACAGUUCACAACUGUUGAUCAAAGAAAUCCAGUGCUAUUCCAGGCAGUGCCUGAUUCCGAAAGAGUAAUUCCACCUUUAAAUAUUACACCAUACUUUUUGUGAUCUAACCUAGUGCUCCAUUUGUUUGGAUGCAGGAAAGUGAUAUCUGCGUCUAGACGUUACGGAAUUACAUGACUGUUUCUUCACGUUGAUGGAUACAGGCUGGUACUUUGACGGAGCAUCAAAUUUCAAAAAUGUAUUAAACUAUGAUACAUUAUUUAGAAUUUUAAUUUAAAACAAAUUUUUUUUUAUGUUUUUAUAAAAGAACAUGUGUCAUUUGGAGAACAGAAUUAUCAUGUGAUUACCUAUUCAGGGAAUUGUUCUUACACGUUUUUUAGGAAAUUUAUCCAUUUUUGUAUGUUAAGGAAUUAACUUUUAUAUAUGUAUAUAUACAUAUAUAAAAUAUAUAUAUAUAUAUAUAUACAUGUAUAUAUAUGUAUAUACAUGUGUAUAUAUAUAUAUAUAUAUGUCAAACGCCUGCCAUUGCAUCAGCCUGAUUCCCCUAGUUUGAAAAAUGUUUCGCAUUGAAAUAAAUGUGAACACUGUGGUCUAGACGCUUUUGCUGUCUACUGUGUACAUUCUGUAGAGCAUUCGCAUCUCAGAGCGAUAUCGUGAACGUAUUGUUCUAAAAAAGGCUAAGAGCUUUUAAGUAAGUUAUGAACAUAAACAACAAAUGGUUCAAUAAUGAAUAAAUAAA